AGCAAGCACCGUCACAGCCGCCGACCUAUCAGAGCCCUGCUAACACUGUAGCUAGCCUGCUGUAGAGUUAGCAUAAAUAUAUGGUUAAAAUACAGCAAGUAAAUACGGUUUAAACAGCUGAAACAUCAUAUUAUCUGGAUUCAUUGUUGUUUAUCAGGUCCUGUCUGCAGUCUGAUGGGUUCAUGAUAACAUCCAGGAGAGCAGAGCCCGUUCAGUACCAUGGCCCUCGCUGAGGAGCAGCCUGAGAAACACUGCUGGGUGUGUUUUGCCACUGAGAGGGACGACCACAGUGCAGAGUGGGUGAGCCCCUGCAGAUGUAAAGGCUGCACUAAAUGGAUCCACCAGUCGUGUCUGCAGCGCUGGCUGGACGAGAAGCAGAAAGGAAACAGUGAGGGAGCAGUCAGCUGCCCACAGUGUGGCACUGAAUACCACAUCACCUUCCCCAAGAUGGGCCCGUUGGUGUAUUUCCUCCAGCAGGUGGACAGAGCUCUGUCCCGGGCGAGUCCCUUCGCCGCCGUCGGGGUGGUGGUGGGGACCGUGUACUGGUCAGCCGUCACAUACGGAGCCGUGACCGUCAUGCAGGUGGUGGGACAUAAGAAGGGUUUGAACGUGAUGGAGCGAGCCGACCCGCUCUUCCUGCUGAUGGGGCUGCCCACCAUCCCAGUGGUGCUGGUGCUGGGCAAGAUGAUCCGCUGGGAGGAUUAUAUAGUGAGGCUGUGGCAGAGGUACUCCUGCAGGGGGAAGCUCCAGCCAGGUGGCAGCCGUUACCUGCCCAGAGUCCCUGCUGACGGGCUGGGAGCAGGAGAUCACCUCUCUGUGUCCAGGACUCUGUGCGGAGCGCUCAUCUUUCCCUCCAUCGCCAGUCUGAUGGGACGGCUGCUGUUCAGACGGAUGCCCUCUGACCUUCAGCGCACUGUGCUGGGCGGCAUUGCGUUUGUGUUGAUGAAGGGAGCGUUGAAGGUGUAUUUCAAACACCAGCAGUGCAUCAUUCAGGCCAGUCGACACAUCCUCAACUACCCAGAGGGAGACAGAGACGGACAGAGUGAAGAUGGAGACGAGGACACAGAGGACAGUGGGAACGAAUAGUUUGACUAACUGUGGAGAGAGGCUGACAAACUGUGACGAUGGUACAAAAACAAGAUGUUUGUCACCAUAAAACACAAUGCAGAGCGUUAAUGAGGUGAGUCUGGGUAAGAGGCUUCACCUGUGACCAGAGUGACAUCAAUUCAAAGUUUCUGCCUCCAACAUCUGCAUCAGAAACACAUCUACGCAGCCUACGAGCUUCUCACCACGAGUACUAACACUGAUUACAUACUGGUGACGUCGUGUGUCCCUCUCAGCCUUUAAUUCUGCUCUCAGUGAUGAAAAAUACUUGAAGAUAUUUAUAAAAUAUGAUUUGUUGCCUUAUCUUUUAAUAUGGUGCCCAAACAAAGAAACUUACAGGAGUCAGCUCAGGUGAUUCAGUGUGUUUACGUGCACUCAGGUCACGGCAUUAAGUGGGAUUUAUACUUGUGUGUGUCAGCUUUAUGCAGAGCCUACGCCGCUGUGAGCAUUUAUACUUGUACCGUGGUGUGUCUGUGUCACUCUGCAGUUACACCUCCAAAACAAUAGUUUAUUGUCUUCACAAUUUAUUGUUUCUUAUCUGUGAAAUUAAAGUAAAUCAAAGCUUUGUUUCCACUGAGGGAAAUGGUUUCAGGUUCUGGGGAGGUGCACAUCAGGCUACGGCGUUGAGUUGACACAGAAGUAUAAAUCCUGCAUCACAGCCAGUCCUCUGCAGUUAUCUGUUCCUUAAACACCAGACAAGAAGCAUGGUGUAAUUGGGGAAUCAGAGAAAGCUGAUGUGCAGGGACACAGUGACAGCAGAGUGACUGAAUAAAAGGAAGGGUGAUUAAAAUCACAUGCAGAGACACAUCCUCGUAUUCAAAGUAACUUCCACCCAAAGUCAAACUGAAACUAACAAGAAAAGUCUGAAGUAGUCGUUUCCACCUCUGAACUUCUGACUGUUUGGUAACUCCACGGACGUGUUCAUAUAAAGCAGCGUUUUGUGUCACGUGAACAGUUAAAUAAGUAAACAGGAAGGAAGCCCAGGCCCUCUGAAACAUAUGAACCAGUUGACAUGCAGGUUAAUUGGUGACUCUAAAUUGUCCGUAGGUGUGAAUGUGAGUGUGAAUGGUUGUCUGUCUCUAUGUGUCAGCCCUGUGAUAGUCUGGCGACCUGUCCAGGGUGAACCCUGCCUCUCACCCAGUGUCAGCUGGGAUAGGCUCCACCCCCCUGAGUAAUUUAUGUGCACAUUAUUAUUUGGGGUUGAGGUAUUUUUAAACUAUUUUUCUAUAUUUUGGAGAGCCUUGAUUGCCUUCCUGUUCAUCCUAUUUUUUUGUACGGUUGAGUGUACAGAGCAACCAGUCGACGCUUUCUCCUAAUUGAAAUGAUUCAUUCUUACAGAACAAAAGUCAGAAUCUGAACACUGAUCUGCUGCAUGUAGACAGAUUUAGUGACCUGACAGGUGCAUGUAAACACACGAGUCUGAUAUGAACUGUCAGGCAGAUGGACGCUGUGCUCAUUACUCCACAUCAUUCUCACUUAUAGAGCCUUAACACACUCAGUACGUUUCCAUGACAUCAGAAGAAAUCGAUUUAUUGUGUCCGUCUGACUAAAACUGGCCUUUAAAAUUCAUGAAAACAUGUUGGAGGCGCUCUGAGCAUGCUCCACAGUUUCUCGAUUAGCAUUAAAUGUGCAAGAGAAGAAGAAGCCGGUAACAACAUGGAGAAAUCUACAUCCAGAGCUGUGACUUUUUGGACGGACCAAAUGUACAGAGCUGUAAAGUUGUCCACCAUGGUAGCAGUUAGCUGCUAGCUAACCGUAGCUAACUUGUUUGUCCAUUGUUUGGUCUGUGACGUAAUAGGUCAACAGGAAAAAGGUCCAAUACUAACAAGCUGAAAGGGGGCAUAUCUCCACCUAUCGUAGAGGAGUCGCACAUACUUGGCUCAAUAAAUGGAUUCCCCUCCUGUGCUUGUGUACUGGGACAAGGACAGUAGGCCAGUUAGAUGUCCCCGUCCAGCUGGGACUGUGGCUCCACUUCACUGUGACUGGAAACGUACUGAGUGCACACUGAUGUCUUCCUCUUCUGUGCCUUAUUUGAAGCACUUUUCCACAUUAACAGCUUCAUGACGUCGCCUCUCUGCCACAUGCUGCUCUGUAACACCAGGUCACGCUCACAGUUAAGAUUUUAUUCUGAUCUAAUGUGUAGAAAUCUGCCACUGACUGUUUCCCUACUAACAUAUUUGAAUCCUUGCGUGGCCUCUAAACGCAUUGAGUUUUGUCCUGUUUGAAUAAAGGCUGCUGCAAACACAAUCAGGCGACCUGCUGCACUUUGAACUUUGACCCCUCUUAUAUUUAAUGCAGCUGAUUAAAUGAACUUAACGCUCACACGCAGUUCACAGUGUGACAGUAUGUUUAAUGACCUGCUGAAUCACAGUCGCCUGCAGGCUGAGGUAUUGGACGCUGUAGAGACGCAGCCAGUGCAAUGUAAAAUGCUCCCACAGCUCCCACAGCUCCCAGUACUGACAGAGGACUGAAACCCAUCAAAGCAUCUCAUGGUCGUGUUGCACGGGUCUGUUGAGGUUACUGGGUGAUUGUUUGCACUUCCUGUUGCUGUGCAGAGAUUUUGGGAAUGUUUGCACUGAGAAUAAAAGGUUGAGAUUUAUUAUGGGUUUGAAGCGCUUCAUGCUGUUUAACAUAAAGUAUGAAUAAACAUAACUAUUUUAUUGUUGGGGUUAAAACAGGAGUUCCUGGUCUUCAAAAGGCCGAGGAAUCCUUUUAUAAAGUGUUUGUUUUCUUUGAGAAUCACGUCCUCUGCUUUUGCCAAAUGAACAUGCUCUGGGAUUUUAAUUGCACAUUUUCCCUGCCGUCACUUUGUAAAAUUAGCUUUUAUUUUAUGUCUCGGUGAUUUGUUAAAUAAACGUUUGUAAAACAA